CUUAAUAAUCUUCAAAAUAACCAAAAAAAAGACUAACCCUUCAUAUGUCAGGCGUCUUUGAUGUGCUUGUUUCAUUGUAUCAAAACUACAAAGCAAUCGACAGAGGGAUCAGACAGAUGGAGAGAGAGAAAGAGAGCGUGAGCGAUUACUGAUUCAAGAGAGGUAGAGACCCCAAGGAGAACCUGAAGAGAGAGAGAGAGAGAGAGAGAGAGAGAGAGAGAGAGAGAGAGAGAGAGAGAGAGAGAGAGAGAGUUUGGAUAUCCAGCUGAGACAAUCCGCACUGGAGGACUGAACACUGGAUCAACUUCAGAGUCCUUGAGUCUUUCCGUCGGGAACCGACACUAGCUAUUCUGGAUGUCAGGGAUCUGGACCUACUCCAUUCUAGGCAAUUAUUCCCCACUUUCCUAUCUUCAGGACCAGCAUGUUGAGGCGAAGCGUUGGCGGUCGGUCCACCCGCUCCAUCUGUCUGGUUCUGGCAUGUCUGUCCCUGGCGCUGCACAUCCUCCUGGCCAUCUUCUGUCUCUCCGUCCUCCAGACGGCCUGUGUCCCAACUCACUCUGCUUCAUCAUCUCCCCUCCAUGAUCCUGGAAGCACUUCCCGCCAAACAAAAUCAUCUGUCAUCAUCUCCAACGGAAUCUUUGCCAAUAAUGCCACUGAGUGGGAAAAGGAACCAACUGGAGAUAAAAUGUCCACCAAGGGUAUGAGGGAGGUAGAUCCGGUAGGUUCAAAGUUAGAGGCUCUGUUCAGCCACCCGUUGUACAAUCUGCAACGGCCUGAAAUGCAAGAAGAUGAUUGGUUGCUGCGAGUCAAGAACAGCGAAGAUGAAGAAGAAGAGAGGGACACAGGAGGUGAGGAGGAGGAAGACAGCUACUGGCAGAGCGGUAGUGAGGAGGACGGCUACGACAAAGCUAACUGGACGGUGGCGGCUGAAACCCACCCUCCCUGGCUGCGCUUCCACCUGGGAAUCUCCCGCUGGGAGCUUUACCACAGGACCGAUCCCCUGCUGGACCAAAUCACCCAUUACAUUUCCACACAGCGUAUCCUCAAUGUUGUGCAGAAAAGAGGGGGUACCCAGCUCAAACUACUCAUGUCGUUUCCCAAUCACGGAGAGGCUCUGCUCAAACCGAUGAGACAGACCAGAGACGCGGAAACAGAUGUUAAUCUGUUCUACUUCUCAGACUUUGAGCGACACAAUGCAGAGAUCUCCGCCUUCCACCUGGACAGGAUCCUAGGUUUCCAACGGAUCCCUCCAGUGGUUGGAAGACUUGUCGACGUCGUCUCGGAAAUCAAAGAUGUCACCACAGACAAAAAGCUGUUGAGGACCUUCUUUACCUCCCCCGUGGGGAACACGUGUUUCUACGGCCAGUGUGAGUACUACUGCUCCACGGAGAACCCGGUGUGCGGCGGUCCGCUUGCGCUGGAGGUGUCUCUUGCCACCAUGCUCCCUGAUCUCACCCUGGCACCCCGCCGGUCCUGGAGGUCACCAUGGAGACGUUCCUAUAGCCGCACCAAACUAGCACAGUGGGAGAAAGACCCGGCCUUCUGUGACGGAGUGAAGCAAACCCCUCCCUACGACGAGGGAACCCGGCUGGUCGACCUCAUGGAUAUGGCUGUCCUGGAUUUCCUCAUGGGCAACAUGGACAGACAUCACUAUGAGACCUUUGAGAAGUUUGGUAACAAGACAUUUAUGCUGCAUCUUGACAACGGACGCGCCUUUGGACGUCACUCUCGAGAUGAACCCAGCAUUCUGGCCCCUCUACGUCAGUGCUGCAGAAUCCGACGUUCCACUCUCCUACGUUUACGCCUCAUGUCCCGGCCGGGAUUCCGUUUGAGUGAUGUCAUGCGUGAGUCGCUGGACCGGGACCCCCUUGCUGUCAUCCAACCCCUUCUCUCAGAAGCACAUCUCUCCGCAUUGGACCGUCGCCUAGCAAUGGUAUUGCAGGUGUUGCACACCUGUCAAGAUCUUCAUGAUGAUGCUGUCUACGAUGAUUUAGAGGGACACUAUGAAGAACCAGACUGAAAAAUAAACGACAUGAAAACUUUUGAAACCUGUUUCCAAGCGCUUUCAGUGGGACAGCAGUGCCCACUUUAGGGUACUUAUGAUCAGGGACAGCAAUGACAUCGCACAGAGGAAGCGGUGUUGAGGAGCUCAUUAGCGGUAAAUAGCAACAGCUGAGGCGGCUGGUAGUCUCAGGAAUUGAGACUCUGGGUUGAGAGUCUCUCUCGCGGGUUGGUCACCUGGAGACGAGGUGCCAGUGCAGCGUGUCAGAGAGAGUUGUUCACCUACGAUGGUUCUGGAUCUGGGGUGAGUAACACGCAACUAACCCCCUACAUAGGCAAGGCAAGGCAACUUUAUUUAUAUAGCACUUUUCAUGCACAAGGCAGACUCAAAGUGCUUCACAUAUAAACAUUGUUAUAAAAUAAAAUAAAAUAAUAGAUAAGUAAAAGAAAACAUAUGCAAAGAAAUGGGUAAAAUAUAAAGUUAAAAAGGCAUUUUAGUGUUAAAAUAGAAAAUAAAGGCAAAGUUAAAAAAGCUUUUUCGAAAGUGCAAUGUAUUUAAGAUUUCAGCUGAAUUUUAUAAAUAAUAAUAUCAGCAUUUUUAAAUUGGAAUGGAGUCUCUAGGUGAAAAAUUGAGGAAGUAUAUACGUUCCCAAGUUUGGAGAGAGAGGAUUAGGUUGUUUUAAAUUAAUUUCCCUGCAUUUCUAUCCUUGUAAAAGUUGCAGUUUGCUGUUUUUAUUGAAAUCUCCUCACAAACUUUAAGAGAAUUGUGGACUUUUAAUGAGUUCAUGAACACAAGAAAGGUAGUGGUGUAGCCAUUUAGGUUAAAUCAGAAUUUGAGGCUUCAAUUGUUUUGUCUGAGUCUGCAAGCAAAUGGAAUUUUUGGCAUUGAAGGUGGAAAUAGCCAAGUCCCUCUUGUCCAAAUUAAGCAUCUCUUGUCCCAAUUAAAUUAUAAUGGAUGGAGAUCUGAAUUGGCACUGGCUAAAUGCAGUUUCUGAUUAAUUUAAAUCUUUGUGACUCUAUUAAUCUUAGCCAGCUGGUCAACCUACAUACAAGGCCAAAUCUUAAAUCCACUUUGAUUGACCUAAUUCUAACAAAUGUUCCUCAUAAAUGCUCAUCUUUGUGAGUCUUCUGCAAUGAUAAUCCCCAAAUGUAAACCACGCAUUAUUUUCAAGAGGAAUUUAAAAACAAUUAAUAAACAAGCUUAUCAUCAUGAUUUGUCUUGGUUAAUUGGGGGCAUAUAGGUUUGUUUCCGGAAGUAGCGCUAACUUGGACAUUCUCUGAGGAAAAUGUUGUGAAAUUGUAAAUAAACAUGCUCCUACCAGGAAAUUCAGGGUGAAGGGACGAGAAACACCUUUGUUUUCCCAAGAGUUGUCAGCUAGAGUGUUCAAACAUCAACACAUUAACUGUAUUGUGUGCGUUUAACACAACAAUAACACAGGUUAGCGUAGGAUGAAGCCAAAUAUGAGAUCCUUAGGGAGAGUAAAAGAAAGUAAAUACUUUUAUAAUAGGGAAAUUAAGUUGGUUAAACAUUCUCUAUGACGAACACUUGUGUAGAAAACAUGUAAAAGCUGUCAGAUAUCAAGAAAAGAAAGCUAAAGGAGAAAUCCAACCACGAAACAUAACCAGCCUCCCAAAACAUAAGAGCUUUGUGAGGAAUGGAAGAAUACAAAGACAAGGAACAGGAAGAAGAUGGAUCUGGCAGCCAUUUUGGACAUUACUCCCCCAUCACCCGAAGAACAUGAUGAGUCCUUUAGUCCAGUUCAUCUUACUCCUACUAUGGUUCUCUUUCCCCAAUUCCAAGUACCCCCAAAAAGGUUUUUCAUUCCAAGUUGACAGAAAAAAUGAAGAGGCUUGAAAGAGAAAACAAGGUGCUAAAAGCAAUGCUCGAUGGCAUGAAAAAAGCCAAUAGUAAGAUGAGGGUUCAAAAGCAUUUCUGGAUAAAGGUAAGAAAGCACGUCAACCAACCAUCAGACCUUCGCCGAAAAGAGCCGCGACACAAAAAAACCCGAAUGAUUUCAACCGAAAGUCUGUCUAAUCUUCUUUCUUCCAUUACUUGUAACACAGAGGAACAAGAAAGUCACACCUGGUGGUAUUAUAUGUCCCCUUUAAAUCAUUUAUACCUCCUAUUUUAAAUAUUGGCUGAUUGACAGUUUGUCAUUAUGGUCUGAUCAUUUGUUCUAUAAGUGAUGUCAAAUUUAAACUAGCUUUGAUGAUUAUGUUCAUUUGAAAACAUUGCAUAAUACAACUAUCAAAAGAAAAAAAUCAACAUUUUCAAAUAUUUUGUCUCAUUUUACACAAUAUUUCCACGGGGGCAAGUGAUAAAAAUGGCACAAGUAAGGAAUAGAAUCCAAAAACAGCUUUGCAAAAAUACAUAUGCAGAAUUGUAAUGAUCGUUCCUUAAGAGUAAUUCUUAGACAUAAAACAUACCUGAUUUAUAUUUGAAAUCAAUAUUUAAACAUUUUAAUUUUAUUGUAAUGUCAUGUCACAGCGCAUGACACACUUUGUCUGGAGAUGUGAGAAAAGCUUCAUAAAUUGCUUAGUGUGAAAAAAAAUCUGCUAACCUCUAGCAGUUUCAAAAACUACACAUUUGACCAUCUGUCCAUCUGUUUAAACACACGCAAACUAAACACAUAACGCAUAAUACAGUCCUUGGCAAUGUAUAUUAAAAGGGGGACACAUGCAUAUUAGGAACACACGUCGAUAACGAUAAUGCAUACAACACUGAUAAGAAACAAUGUUUAUAAUAUAUUGGGUCUAUCAUUAAAUAGAACCACAGUUACGCAUAUCAUGUUAUAUCAUAUACGUUUUCUUUGCCGACAUUUAUUUGAGGACUCAGUAUUUCUGAAGUUGUGGAAGAAAACCUUAUUCCAUGUGUGAAUUAGGCCAUACUAUUUGGCCAUAAACUGAGGCAUUUAAAGUUAGAAAUUCAUGUGCAUCUGUCUCAUCGGAGACUUCAGACGCGAUGUCAAAAUAUAAACUCGUCAGAUUCAAAUGCGCUCAUGGCCCUUAAAUGGGAUGGGAGAUGGCACUCUCAUUGGUUGAUUGCAAGUUACGCCCAAACCACACCUACGGGUAAUUAGGCUACUUCAGACCAACCCUUUUUAGAUAUGGGCCGUGCGCAACAGUCAUUUUUUGCGCCGGUAAAAUAUCGACAUCGCCAUCGAACCGCCCACAAAGCUACUUGCGCUUGGCGCUUCUCACUUGCGUUUCAGACCGUUAAAAUAGGGCCCAAGAUGUGUUGUCCUUAACUAAACACAUGGAUGCGUUAAGAAUAUGUUGUUUCCAACACAUCCUUUUUGAGAGUGAAGCAAUGUAUAACUGUGAGGGGUAUCCUAGAAGCCAAUUCAUUCUAUGAUAUCACAUUUAGCACCCCCAUCCUACCAAUGGAAUGUCCUCACAAUUAUCCUGGUAAAUUAUCAGACUAUUAACUUGAUGUUGACUAAAUAUCUUCAUCCUGAGAUGUUGAAAAUCUCCAUUAGUUAUAUUAAUACUUUGGCUGUGAUUUUUGCUUACAAUUCCCAAAUCUGUGGCGCUACUUAUUUGAAUUGAACUUCACUUGUAGUAAUGUAGUAGUAGUAGUAGUGUUGGUUUACAAUUGUACUAAGUAACUUCCCGUUUACAAUUCCCAAAUUUGUUGUGUUCUAUAAGUUUCAUAUUCAACCCACACUGAGUAAGUCAAUAAAACUCCCUCAAAAUCACUUAUAAAAAAUAAAAAAAUAGUUUUUAUUUAUUAAGUAUAUUUUGUAUUAAUGAUAAUGUGUCAUUCCAUUUGAUAAUAUUUGACAGCCCUAAUUUUAUACAUUAAAGACCAGAACAUUAUAAAAAGUUAUUUUAUGUUAAAGUAAAGAAUGUUAUGCCAUUCACACAGACGAGUACCCGUUCUUAUUGCUAAACUGCCUUGUUCCUCAGCGUGCUAAACGCAGCACAGUGACAAAUCCACGCAUUUAAUUCUAGCAUGUCCAAGGUCCAUCAGCACGUUGCAUUUCUCUGCUACUGCCUGCGAAAAACCUUUUCUACAACUUGUUCAUAGAACUCUUUCAGUUUGAUUCCCAUGUCCCGGAACUCUGGUCUAUUCUGAAAAAACAAAACAAAUCUAUUAAACAUUACCAAAGAACUUUAACAUGCAUGGCAAAAAUAACAAAUGAAAAAAAAACAAUGACUUGUCUAGCUCACAUAUCUAACUCCACGGCCGGUGGUAAUGCCGUGUUCGGGAUGCAUCGCACACCACCUUCCCGAGCUACAAAGUGGAUAAUCUACCAGCUUUCUUUCGACUUUUCAGAGGCCUUUUGGUCGUAAUAUAACUUGUCCCACUCAAAGUCCUGAGAGUCCACCAAGUUCAGCGAGGUUAACUGUACGACUGGUUUGCUAAAGAGGCUAAUGUAGCUAACAAUGACAAUGAAUAGCCAAUGACUGUUCUUCCCCGAUUGCCCACAAAGAGAAACGGAAACGCUAUAAGUGCUACGAGCCAGGAAAUUACGUUAAAAGAGCAACUCGGGGCGGGUGGUGUACAAUGCAUCUCGAACGCAGCAUUAUAUGUGAGCCGGGAGGGAGGAGUCCUUCUCACUAACCUGGUUAAAUUUAUCACAGUUGGAGAAAAUGAGUUGGAUAUCGGUCAAUAACUGUCCAACGGUGUACUGCUGGCCUAGGAGCUCUGUGAUCUUGUCCAGCCACAUAGGAGUCACGAUUUGAGAGCUGUAUCCCCUCACCUGAAGUGAGGGAGGGGGGGAGAUAAAGUGAGAGCAAGAGAGAAACUGAAAAUCUUUCUGAUUUGGUCCAGUCGUACAAUUGCCAGUAUGUUUGUUCAUAUCUGUCUGCUCGAGAGUUAAGGAGGGAUAGAUGGAGAGAUGGAAGCAGCGAGGGAGGGAGGGAGGGAGGGAGGGAGGGAGGGAGGGACAGAGAGACCGAGCGAGAUCACAUACAUACACAAUAGAGAAUAAUGUUGAAAACAGUGAUGCUUACAUGGAUGCAUGGGUCUUUUGCAAAAAUUUGAUCCUUGUCUGCAUUGUAGAGAGACAGGAGCAGGUAGUGGCACGGCUGUUAGGGCACAAGGGCAGCUUCUAUAUUACAAAUUACGAUAUGAAUAGUGUAUGUUGCUAUGUCGAGAAUGCAAUAUUACCAUGAGUUGUGUCACAGCUAAAAAAUAGGCUACACUAGCAGGGAGCGCUAGUAGGACGAUCUAGCUGAAGAGCUAGCACUUGAUAUUCAAGGACUUAGGGCCCUAUCUUGCAUCCGGCGCAAUUGACUUAAUCACUGGCGCAUGUGUCAUUGCUAGUUUCUAACUGGCGCAGAGCGUUCUUUUCCCUCCUGCGCCACGCGUCGGCAAGUUAGGGAAUGAUCUUGCGCCCCACGGGGCGGCUGGGGGAAAGGAGGAGGCAUGUUCUGGAGCAAACGUUCCCUGUUGCUAUUUUGACGUUUCAGAAACCACUUGCGCCACAAACCAGUAAAUACCUGGUUUAAA